AUGAGGCCCUCUAUGCUUUGCAGUCUCCUCAUCUUCUUUCUCGUUCUCCAAACCUCACUUUCCGCAUCGCCCAUAAUAGAAAAAGCCUGUGGUAAAAUUGCUAAGGGUUACGUAGGCUACAAAUUUUGUGUCCAAGCCCUUGAGGCCGAUCCUAAAAGUGGAUCUGCUAAUAUCCGUGGACUUGCAAGCAUUUCUGUGAAGCUAUCCAUAGCCAAUGCGACGAGCACUGUGUCCAAAAUAAGGGAGCUCUUGAAGAAAGCUUCAGAUCCAACCAUCAAGAACUCCUUGCAGGCUUGCUCAUAUCUCUACACAAAUGCCAAAGCAUCUCUCAAAUGGUCAGAACAUUUCAUCGCAUCGAAGAACUUUACUGCAGCUAAAGCCGAGAUUCAUGCUGCUGUCUUCGUUGGAACAUUUUGUGAAGAAGCAUUUACUGCAUCACCCCUGACUAAAGAGAACGACAACUUCGGAAAACUGACACUGUUGGCAACAGCCAUCAUCAAUUCCUUGGCAUAA